AUGCUCUACUUCUGGGAUGACAGAGACGGUUCAGAUUUUGCUGGCUGGUGGUUUGGUCCCAAAGUCGGGGGAGACCAGGUCUGGGCCUAUCAGCCAUGUGAAGACCAGACACCGCCCGAGAGCGGAUGGAAGGUACCUUAUGAUGGACCCGUGGACAAGACCUUCACCGUGACCGCCAAGAAGGAAAAAGAAAAGAAGGAAGUGAAGGAGACAAAGGAAGGUAACGAGCUGGAAGGAGGAGAGGCGCUCCAGGCAUACCCAAUGUGGUACGGAAUGCCUGGAAUGCCAUACCUUGAUCCGCACGCAGCGGAAAGGCACAUGCAGGAGUACGCGCGCCUCCACCAGGAAGAGGCCAAGAGAAGGUUGGAGAUGGAGUUCCAGCGGCAAAAGGCCGAGGAACAGCGAAGGAAGGAAGCAGAGAGGAAGCGGAAAGAAGAGGCUCGUAAGCGGCAGGAAGAAAUCCGCAAGAAGAAGGAGGAAGAGAUGAAGCGCCAGAAGGAGCUGCAGGAGCAGCGCAUCAAAGAAGGCAAAGCUGUUUUCAUGGUGCGCAAGGUCAUUCAGAAAGUUGCUGCAGCAACACCAGAGAACCUAGAAGCACUGGAGAAGGAGCUGGAGGAGUGCCUGAAAGACCACUUGGAGGACACUGGGAGCCAAAAAGAUCACAUGAAGUCAGAGAGCGACAAGUGCCUAGAGCAAGCAAGGAAGCGCAUCGAGAUACUAAAUGAGGCAAAGCGGAAAGCACAGGAGAAGAAGGAAGCCGACGAGAAGAAGAGGCAGGAGUUGGAAGCCAAGGCCAAGGAGCUCCUUGCAGAACUUAGCACUCUUCUGGACGCAGCCGAGAAAGGGGUUGAGCAUCUGAAGGAAGUGUGUGCUCCACUGGAGCAGGGCGACCAGCAGAGCCAGGAGGAGGUCGACUCGUGCGCGAGCUUGGUAGAGGUAGCAGGCGCCGAGACCAAGAGUCUGGUCAAGACGUGUAUGGACUUCUUGGUCCGCCAUGGCCCGGACAUGAAGGACCCGCCAUCUGCUGGCGUGGUCGGUACAUCUGAGAUCAAGCAGCUCAUGACCAAGUGUCUCUCACGGAUCAAUGAGUGCACCAAGCUCAGCGAUGCUCUGCUGGCUGCCUCACGAGAUGUCCAACUUGCGGUUUCGCGGCGCGCCACGGCAUCCCGAGAAACCAAUCUCCAGAAGGCUGGGCAGCGCUUUGAGAAGCAUUACGGAACGUAUUGUCUUCUGGACUUGAGCACUAGGACCUCUUUCAGAAGUAUGAUGUGGAUGGGGACCAGCUGCUAUCCAAGGAGGAGGAUGGGCCGCAUCAGGGCAUGUCAGGGCCUAGAGCAGAUACUUCACCCAAAUCCCUAUUUGAGGUGCUCUCCUUCGCCGCAGCUGAGUUCAAGCUAA